AUGCUGAUGUUCGACAGCCCUUCAUAUGUCCCUCGUCAAGUUUACCCGCAUACAACCUGCUGCUACGGACCCUACGGACCCUACGGAUGGCCUUUCGAUGAUAGUAGCAGCUUGCGUGAUCUUGCAAUCGAUUGCAUGUUCAUACGCUGUGGCGGCAUGGAAGAAAUACAGCGUCUAAAAGACCUCGCACCCACCCUCAAACGUCUACGACUGGGUGGCAGCUCAGGAAAAUACCGGGGCGUCACCGCCUGGGAUCGUUCUACCGAAGGGAGCGACGAGAAAACGGACCCACGGGGAUACCUUCAUGAGCACGAGCUGCUCGAAGUUUUGAGACUCGAGUGCCGAGGAGAGCUUCCCCAGUUUCUUGCCUUACACAUCAUCACCAAAACCAACACGGGAGGAAUGAGCCCUGAGAAACUGGUGAUCAGACGAAAACUAGAGGAUUUGGGAGUGGAGCUCAAGUUUUAUGAGCAAGCCUUACGACACGGUGUGGAUUACGCGGUCCUGGAAGAUGAAGGCUGGACAGUAAAUGAUAAGAUUGGAGGUUCGCUUGACUUUCAAUUCUCGUCCAAGGAAACAUCGUCUCGAGUCUUUGAGCCCCGAGAGAUCGCACGUUAUCGAAGCUAUGCACUAUUCGAGAACAUAGUAUGGUACUUUAUUUGCUUUUAA